AUGUCGAUUAUCAAGCAGCGCAUCUCGUCACCCCUGGAGGCGGGGACCUCGAUCCUCGAUGUCUCCAACCUGCCGUCUCACCUCACGGAGGCUUUGGAAUACACGUCCAAAAGGCUCGCGAGGAAGGCCUUGCAUAUCACCUUGGUUGUCGUGAGGAGAGACUACCAACUCCCAAGCGUGGUGCCGCCGUGCCGGACACCACCAACCUCACCGCCGCUCUCGCCGCCUCCCACGCGUUUCACCUCCCCCGUAAUUGGGCUGAAGCAGUUGGUACGAAGAGGCACAGGAAACAACAACAACAUCGCCACACCUAUCACAUCGCCCACUUUCUCACCACCUCCAACGGAGGCCCUCCCUAGUCCUCGCCGCUGGGCCGUGCCACCUACACCCGGUAGUCCCCCGAUCACCCCAAACACGCCAUGCAGCUUUGUCACAGCCUCUUCUACGCCCCCGAUGACACAGGGGCCCAACGAGUUCGGCAUUCGGCUGGUACACACGGGUUUGCUUUCGCCCAAAGCUGAGAAGGUCCUACAGACGACGAUCCUCAAGGCCGAGCGAAAGUUCCGCAUCGGCACAGGCUGGCUGCUGCCGCCCACCACCACGGCGUCCUCGUGCGGGCUGAAUCCAGACUUGGUGGUGCGGAGCAUACUGCAGAACGAGGUGCUCUUCUCGUCCGAGGGCCUCACGUUGCUGGGACUCGACAGGCUGUACACCUUCAAAGCGGCGUUGUCCGCGUACGCUCGCUGUAUGUACGGCGGGGGCACGUCGUCGCCAUCACCCAUGUCGCCGACGUUUAAACCCACAGACAGCGGCACACGGCUGGAAGACGCGGUGGACUCGCUGCGGCGCCUGGUUCUCGCUAAUGGCGGACGACCAGUGUCAAGGUCAGAUGUGUAUCGGAGCUACGAUUGGUUAGGGAUCAACCCCCGCGCGCUCAGGGACGUUGAAAGCAUGUACAGGCGCGCGUACGGUGGGCCCGAGCGGGCCGGCGCUUUCGAACUAACACGUGAAGAGCGGGACCGUGAUCUUGAUCGCGAACGCGAACGAGUACGUGAACGUCAACUGCAGGAGAGACCCGUAGUCAAGAUUGGCGCGCCGCCCCCGCCCAAAACGCCGCCGCGAACGCAGACCACGCCCGUGCUGACGCUGAACACGCAGCUAGCCGCUGCUACGACGGCGAAGAUCUUGAGGCCAAGGCCUAAACCCGUGCCGCGAGACUUACCGACGCAAGGGGUCGGGACGGCGGACGAGAAGGGGUUGGUAAAGGUGACGGAUGUGGAAGUGGAACCUGGGGUUACGGAACUGGAGAUUAAGGUCGAUGGUGUGGUGACGAGAGAUAAGCGCCAUUGUGACGAAGGUGACGGUGACGGCGACGGCAACGGGUGUAAGGAAAGAAAGGGAGAAAGCAAUAGCGGAGACACGGCGCGGCUGGCCCCGUGUGUACCUCUGUGGACAGGGGGGAUCUCGAUUGACGAGCUACUAUCGCCAUGCGACGACAGUAAAAGCAUCGUCAGCACCAUCCGGCAAUCGCAAAGACUGGGCCCGACGACGCCCAACGGGUACGACGACAUCUCGCCCAUCACGCGGGGCGAGUGGGGGUUCUUGUUUAAUGGGGACGGGUGGAAGGGAGGGAGGACGGCGGCGGUGGAAACGUGCUAG